AUGGCGAAAAUCUACGGAGUCGAAUUCUAUGGUGAUGAAAUCCAAGUGAUUGUGACCAACACUGCUGUCGUUGUUAAUGAUUGGAUUCUGGAAACUGUGCAUCUCCAUCGCCGGAGACUCCAUAAGCUUUUAGUUGGGCUUGAUAUCGAGUGGCUGCCCUGUUUCAAGCCAGAGGAAAAUCACCCUGUCGCUCUUCUCCAGCUUUGUGUAGGACGCCGUUGCUUACUCUUCCAACUCCUCCACAGAGACGGCCUUCCAGCAUUCCUCGCCAACUUCCUUGGAGAUCCCAAUGUCAAAUUUGUUGGGGUCGGGGUUAAAGGAGACGCGGAGAAAUUGCUUCGCGAUCAUAACUUGUUUGUGGCGAAUACUGUGGAUUUGAAUCUAUUGGCAUUAUCGAUUUACGGAGAGCAAGUAUAUGGGAAGAUGGGAUUGAAGAGAAUGGCAAAAGAGGUGCUUGGGAAAGUGAUGGAGAAGCCAAAGAACGUGACAUUGAGUAAAUGGGAUGCUGAGGAAUUGGUGUAUGAACAAAUUGAAUAUGCUGCUAUUGAUGCUUUUAUGUCGUUUGAGAUUGCUAAGAAUUUGUUUAAUUUAGUGUGGAAGAGAGAAAGAGAGAGCUGCCCUCACCCUCGUGUUGUUAUGAGGCAAUAUUUGAAUUGUCAUUAUCAACAGCCAUUGUUGUUGCUGCAAGAUAGAUACUCGAGGAAUGUUUCAUACACUUGCUCUGUUUUGAGUCUGAAAUUAAUACCAGAAAGAAUGUGA